ACUCUCCCUAUUUUCGAACCCUCACAGAUUUUCGGACAAAAAAAAAAACCGAAACUCCAUCCAAAAAUUUAAUUUAAAUAUUUAAUCUUGGUUGUUGAUAUUUUUGGUUAAAAAAACAGAUCGGUGCUGAAAAUUCCGGCAUUUGGUUAUCUUCUCCGGCAUUUAUAACCUCCGGAGGAAUUUCGAUUCCUCCGGCCAACCAACUCCGAACCGCGCUGCGUCUGUGAUAGGUGUGCUGAUUCAGAUUUUAUCAUGAGCAUCCAGUCAGAGUUACACAGAAAUGGAAACAGGGGAUCAGAGCUGCAAAAUGAUGAAAAUGGAGGGUCAGAAUCACAGAAAAAUGUAAUUGGGAGGUCCGAAAUCUCAAAUGGGACUUCUAGUAAAGAUGGUAACCUUGUGGAGAGCUCCAGCGGCAUUGAUGGUACCGAGAUAUUAGCUCUGGUGGAAUGGUUGAAUUAUAUCGUUCCUUAUUUAAGAUUGCCGAAGGAUGCUUCUGAGGAGGAAAUUAGAGGCUGCUUAAUUGAUGGCACUGUUUUAUGCAGAAUCUUAAAUAAGCUGUGUCCUGGUUCAGUUGAAAUGGGAGGGAGUUCAGAGCCUGGUUUUGCAAAUGUCAAAAGGUUUCUGGUGUCUGUGGAGGAGUUGGGAUUCCCUCCAUUUGAGCUUUUGGACCUAGAGCAGGGAUCUUUGGUGCCAGUUAUGCGGUGCCUUAGUGCACUCAAAGCUUCAUUUGAUUUUGGUUUUUGGGGAGAAAACACUAAAAAUGAAACAAAGACAAGAGAGGAGUUGUUGGAGACAGAAUACUUGAGGAAAAUUGAUCGUAAUCAAUCAUUCUCGAGACGUGGACAACAGGCUACUCAAAAUAGAGAAGAGGCACAAGGAAAUUCAUAUGACUCAACUUCUGAUGUGACAAUUCCAGCAGCUCUUCUAGAACAAUUGAAGCAGGGGACUAAUGUUGAUCUCUUUGAUAUCAAGAUUUUGGAAUCAAUCAAAACAACCAGUUUAGAUAAUGCAUCUAGUCGAGCACUUUUCACUGUUGGGAACAAGAUUCUGGAGGACAGCACUGAGAGGAAUAACGGGGAUGUACCUCAACAUCUGGCGUAUCUUUUGAGAAAAGUCCUGCAAGUGAUUGAACAACGGUUUGCAAAUCAAACAGUGAACUUAAGAAUUCAAAACAAUAUGUACAAGUCCCGCGAGGAGAAGUAUCAAAUGAAGAUGAAAGUACUUGAAACUCUUGCAUCAGGGACCAGUGAAGAAAUUCAGGUUGUUCUGAACCAGCUUAAGCAGAUAAAGAUCGAGCAGUUCAAUAUAGAGGAGAAGCAGAAAAUCGAGGAGCAGGAUGUACUGAGAUUAAAGGAAGAGAAGGAUCAGAUGGGUUUGGAGAUUUCCACAUUAAAACAAGAACUGCAAAAAGCUAAAAGCACACAUGAAAGCCACUGCCUGCAGUUAGAGGCAAAUGCAAAAGAAGCUAAGCUUGAAUUGGAAAGGAAGUUGAAAGAACUUGAGUGCAUGCUAACAAGUUCAAAGAAGAAUGAGAAAGAACUGGAGGCAUCUUUAGAAUCUGUAUCAGGGAAAUGGAAACAAAAAGAAGGGUCUUACCAAAGUUUUGUUAAUUAUCAAGUUGGAGCUUUGAAGGAACUAAGUGCUGCUUUGGAAUCUACAAGACGUGAAAUCAUGACCGCAAAACAAAAUUACUCUGGAGAAUUCAAUUGCAUGGGAUCGAAGCUUAAAGGAUUAGCAGAUGCGGCUGAAAAGUACCAUGUAGUUCUGGCUGAGAAUCGAAAGCUGUACAAUGAGGUUCAGGAUUUGAAAGGUAAUAUCAGAGUUUACUGUCGAAUAAGGCCAUUCCUUCCUGGGCAAAGCCAGAAGCAGAGCACCAUAGAGUAUGUUGGUGAAAAUGGUGAUUUGGUGAUUGCAAAUCCCUCAAAACCAAGAAAAGACAGCCGCAAGCUUUUUAAAUUUAAUAAAGUUUUUGGUCCUGCUGCUACACAAGAGGAGGUAUUUGUGGACACCCAACCAUUGAUUCGUUCUGUCCUUGAUGGAUACAGUGUCUGUAUAUUUGCUUAUGGUCAAACUGGUUCAGGGAAGACCUACACAAUGAGUGGGCCCAGUGUAUCAUCAACAGAGGAAUGGGGUGUCAACUAUCGAGCCCUGAAUGACCUUUUCCAAAUAUCUCAGAGCAGGAAAAGCUCUGUAGAAUAUGAAAUUGGUGUUCAAAUGGUUGAGAUAUACAAUGAACAAGUACUUGAUUUACUCUCAAGUGACAGUUCUCGAAAAAGACUUGGGAUCUGGAAUUCUACCCAACCAAAUGGGUUAGCUGUCCCUGAUGCAAGCAUGCAUCUUGUUAACUCAACCGCAGAUGUCCUAGAGUUGAUGCAUAUUGGCUUGGCAAAUAGGUCAGUCGGCGCUACUGCCCUAAAUGAAAGAAGUAGCAGAUCUCACAGUGUUCUGACUGUUCAUGUUCGUGGCGUGGACUUGAAGACCGACACUGCUCUUCGCGGUAGCCUACAUUUAGUGGAUCUUGCUGGCAGUGAACGAGUGGAUCGCUCUGAAGCUACUGGAGAUAGGCUGAGGGAGGCACAACAUAUUAACAAAUCAUUGUCAGCCCUUGGAGAUGUUAUCUUUGCUCUUGCGCAAAAGAAUCCACAUGUUCCAUAUAGAAAUAGCAAAUUAACUCAAGUGCUCCAGAGUUCCUUAGGGGGUCAAGCAAAGACGCUCAUGUUUGUCCAGCUUAAUCCUGAUGCUCAAUCAUUCUCUGAAACUAUAAGUACGCUGAAGUUUGCAGAGAGGGUUUCUGGCGUCGAAUUAGGUGCUGCAAAAAGCAAUAAGGAAGGAAGAUAUGUCAGAGAGCUUAUGGAACAGGUGGCAUCGCUCAAAGAGACGGUUGCCAAGAAAGAUGAGGAGAUUGAUAGACUGAAGAGCAAUAGUAAUGGGGUAUACCGUGGUAUGAGUGCACUAAGAUCUGCGUCUUCCUCUCCGAGAAGAUACUCGAUUGGGAGCCCUCGACAUUCGAUUGGGAGUCCUCGACAGAAAAAAGCCUCAAGCCUAGUUGAUAAAGUGGGUCCUUAUAGGGACAGUUUCUCAGAGGCGGCGGAUGAUAAGCAUUCUGAAGUUGGUUCUCAGCUGUCAAUGGAUGACUUUAGACAUCAUAAGCAAGAUUCACAGACGUCAAAGCUUGGAGGCGAUACAAGUCCAAAUUUUAAUGAAGACUUUGAGCUCUUGGGCUUUGGUGAUGAAGACGCUGGGGAGAGAUUGAGCGACAUAUCUGAUGGUGGUCUAUCAAUGGGAACAGAAACCGAUGGUUCACUAUCCAGUUCUGCCGUGGAGUUUACCCUUUUUCCUGAAGUUACAAAACCAACAGAAAGCAGAACAACUGAAAUUUCAGUAGCCAAGACAACUCAAGCUCAGAAUGCUCUAGGCGAGAAGACACCAUCCCAUCCGAGUGUAAGGUUUGCGCCAAUAUCUAAACUUCCAAAGCCAACACCCAAGUUUGUGGAAACAAAAGUUACUCGUUCAUCACUGGUUAAAAGCUCGUCAAAGGUUUUGCCAAGUCCUAGGAAAUCCAUUGCUGGAAGCAGCACUUCGUCGCUGAAGUCUGGCAAACGAUGGCAUUAAGCAUUUCAGACAGCAAUAGAGUUUGUUACAUAAUUGGCAUUGUUGUUAGAAACUCACUGUAUUGUACUGUGUUCAUAAUUGUGCUGUGCUUCCUUCUAGGCUCUGUUGGUAGUUUCUAGUUGUCUUUAUACUGAAAUGACAAGUGGAGACUUCAAACAUCAAAACCACCUUGUAAUAUAUGUACUAUUAUCAUAGUACAACUUCUAGGUUUCAGAUCUCUCUCUUC